GGACGGACUUGGACGCGGGUGCAGGAAUCCGCUAGACGUUGAGGGUCCAGAGACACUUCAGGAUCGAUUGGAGACAUGGGCAAGAACAAGGAAAAACAUGUGGAUGAGGAGACUCUGGGAAAAAUACAGCGCUCACCGAAAUUAUGUGGGACUAACUAUCCAGUAAGCAUCGCCUUCAUUGUGGUCAAUGAGUUCUGCGAGAGAUUCUCAUACUAUGGCAUGAAAGCGGUGCUCACGCUUUACUUCAUCCACUACCUGGGCUGGGACAAGAAUCUGUCCACAGCGGUGUACCAUGCCUUCUCAGGCUUGUGUUACUUUACCCCACUUCUGGGAGCUUUGAUAGCAGACUCCUGGUUGGGAAAGUUCAAAACCAUCAUCUACCUGUCUAUAGUUUAUGUGAUCGGUCAUGUGGUCAAGUCUGUAGGAGCCAUUCCCGAUGUGGGGAACAGCACUGUUCAUAUUGUUCUGUCAAUGAUUGGUCUGAUCCUGAUAGCUUUUGGGACAGGAGGAAUCAAGCCAUGUGUCGCAGCUUUCGGUGGUGACCAGUUUGAUGAGGAACAUACAGAUGAGAGGACAAAAUUCUUUUCAAUCUUUUACAUGUCAAUCAAUGCUGGAAGUGUCCUGUCAACCAUCAUCACGCCGAUAUUAAGAGGUGAUGUGCAGUGUUUUGGUAGAGACUGCUAUGCCCUGGCCUUUGGAGUCCCUGCUGUUUUAAUGAUUAUUGCACUAGUGGUGUUCAUUGCUGGAAAUGGGUUAUAUAAGAAGAGUCCACCUGAAGGAAAUGUCCUGUUGCGUGUUUGCAAAUGCAUCGGGUUUGCUAUUCGCAAUCGAUGGAGGAACUCCACGAAUGGCUCAAAGCGAAAACACUGGUUGGACUGGGCUGAGGAGAAGUUCUCGAAGCGGCUCAUUCAGGAAAUUAAAAUGGUGUUCAGGGUGCUGGUUCUGUACAUUCCUUUGCCCAUGUUUUGGGCUCUCUUUGACCAACAGGGGUCACGAUGGACUCUCCAGGCCACUCGGAUGAACAUGGAUUUCGGUGGAGCAUUCGUUCUAAAGCCUGAUCAGAUGCAGAUGCUGAAUGCUUUGCUGAUUCUGGUAUUUAUUCCCAUCUUUGACAUGGGCGUAUACCCGCUGAUCGGCCUGUGUCGCAUCAAGCUCACUCCUCUAAAGAAGAUGGCUAUUGGCAUGAUUCUCGGUGCUCUUGCUUUCGGUGCUGCGACUAUCGUAGAAAUCAACGUCAUUAAAACUGUGGUGAAGCCUCCUGUAGCCAGAGAAAGCCUUGUGCAAGUUUACAAUCUAAUGGAUACAGAAGUCUCUGUGCAGUUUCCAGGACAAAAUAUCUUCUCCGAGCCAAUUAAAUCAUAUGAGGAUCCCGUGGGAUACACAAGUCUUUCACUUACUGGUGAAUCACAGAUCCACACUGUUACUGUCAACCACAAUGGGUCGGCACACCAGUGUCAACUGGCCUUCAUAGAACACACCGCAUACAGUUUCAUUCUGCACGGCCAGCCUGAUGGUACUGCAUGCAAACUGGUGGAAGAUCAUAUCACCAAAUCUGAAACGGGGGCUGUGUACGUAAGGUUUAUCAAUACUCGCUCAGAGAGCAUCAACAUAACCGUGGGGACUGCAGAAUUUUAUGCACCCGCUGAUUAUGGAACUUCUCACAAUAUAAGUGUGCAAAGAGGAGAAUACAAUGGAGUUAAAUGCGUAUCAGGUUCCUCCCAAUAUCACAUUGAUCUUGGACUUCUUGAUUUUGGUGCAUUGUAUACUGUUAUACUCAAAGGGGGCAGAUAGGAAUUAACGUUCACAAAGAUGGAGGACAUCCAAGCCAACAACAUUCACAUUGCCUGGCAGAUUCCACAGUAUGCUUUGAUCACAGCAGGAGAAGUGAUGUUCUCCAUUACAGGCCUGGAGUUCUCGUACUCACAGGCACCGACGAGCAUGAAGUCGGUUCUUCAGGCCGGAUGGCUUAUGACUGUGGCAUUUGGAAAUGUCAUCGUAUUGAUCGUGGCAGAGGGGGCUGGCAUGGAACAGUGGACGGAGUUCCUCCUUUUUGCUGGUCUUUUGUUGGCAGUCAGCAUCAUCUUCUCCAUCAUGGCCUAUUUCUACACCUAUGUGGAUCCCGAUCAGCUAGACAAGCUCUUCCCAGAAGAUGAUGGGAAUGUUGAUGGUUCAAAGAGUAAGAAAAAUGAGACCGUUUACAUGACAGAUAUGCCCCAGAAAACCAAGAUGUAGCUGGAAGACUGCUUGCUUUUGAACUAACAACAUCUAUUUAUUGAAUAAGCUAAUGUUUCAUAGUAAACUGUGUUAGUCGGACCACAGUUACGUUUUGUCGUUCCAGGGACUUUAGGGGAUUUUCUGCUGAGCUCUACUGUUCAGGGAUCGUAUUCCAGAUGAAUGAAGAUAAAAUGAAAUUGUGAUUUACUUCAUAUGGUGUCAUACACUAGUCUUUGUUUUUGAGCCGUUGAAUUUUUAGAAUGUGAUGGAUUUGUGAUCAUAUCAAUCAUAGACGGUAGUGGCCAAAAGUGACAUCCGAGGGGGAAUAUUUGUACAAUGUUUGCUUUAUGGCCCCAUUAGAUUAGAUUAUACCAUCAAAAAAUGAGGUAUAUAGUAAAACAUCCACAUGACAUGAAGCGUUUAUUGGACAACAUUAUUUGGAAAACCAUUUUCUAAAGUUUUAUGGUUUUAAUAUUGAUAGUCAUUCUUCUGGUCUAUGCCUUGAUAAACUUUGCACAUGUAUUGUUUUUUUUGCCAGCCCUCCUUAAAUUCUUCUCAAAUCUGAGCUUCAGUUUUCUCUCCAAACAAACCAAUGCAACAUUGAUACAAACGUUUUCAUGCAUCUUUAAUCAUUUGAAGAAGCGAAGAUGUCAGUUGUUUUAAGUUGGACAUCACUUUGAGCCACUAUUGUACAGUAAAAUAAUGCUAUUUGCACAAUUUAAAGUUCACAUUUGUAUAUAUUGUUUUUCAUUCUUUGUUGUUGUGACUUUUCGGGUGAUAAUGUUCUUGAUGAACUUCUACUGACACAUCAGAUGCUUAAUGUUGCAAAGGAAUUUGAAAAUGAGCUCCAAAAGUCUGAAAUCACUACGUUUUUGACAAGCUUGAAACACAGAGGUUAUGAUGCAAAAUAGAGAAUCAUUUAAGAUUUUUGAGACAAAUUGUAUUACUUAGUUCAGCUUGUUAUGCUUAUAAUUUAUAUACAGUAUGUACAUAAUUACUCUAAAUGUAU